UUCCUAGUCGUCUGUCAAUUGUCGUCAAAUCGUCAAAUGUCAAAGUGAUACGGUGUUGAUUGUCGUGUGCUGCGUUGGAUUUGGUGAAAUUACGCAAAACAAUGUUUAGGGAUUGUGUGAAAUUGUGAAAAUGGGUGCAAAAGACUCGAAACGCUCCUGUUUACCGUACGAAGAUGCAGUUAAACGAAUGUCCGAUGAGGAGUACAAGAGAAUAUGCGAAGCCUUCAAACGAUUGAGUGGUGGCAACCAACUCUUGAGCAAACAGAGCUUUAUCUUGCACGUCCUUGGGGACGGAGUCCCUCAAGCUAUAGCCGAAUGGCUGUAUAUAGCUUGUGGGGGCACCCCCAGGGGUAUUGCCCUCAAGGACUUGAUCUGCGGAUUAGUCCUCCUCACCAAAGGCAAACAAGACGAGAAAAUCCGAUUCCUUUUCACUUUAUACUGUAAUGAUUCUGGAACUCACAUCACACGAAGUGAGUUCUAUAAUGCAUUACAAGUGGAAGGGACAAUACCACCGGAUAAACCCAACAGACCCAACAUACUAUGGGAAAGGACUAUGCUAUCGUUAUUUUCCAUAAGUCAGGAUAGGGUAACUUAUGAACAUUUUAGUGCGUGGAUCCAGUAUAAUAAAGACGCCACAAUAUUAUCAAAAUGGCUCUUAUCGAAUCCCUGCGUCUCCUUGAGCUCCGAAGUCGAAGCCCCAACUUUCUAUCAGACUUUAGCCGGCGUGACCCACCUUGAAGAGCAAGACAUUUGCGAAUUAGAGAAAUGUUUUUGGACCCUUCAAAGCUCAUCACCUUCGUGCCAUCUUGAUUUAAACUGUGUCCGGUCAAUGGUUUGUCCUCCCAUACCAUUGACAGCAUGCGAGGGCUUAUUUCUAGCGUUAGAUGUGAACCGAGACGGACAUGUGGACUUCAAGGAGUUGUGUUGCGGGAUUUCGGCGGCUUGCAGGGGACCAACGGCCGAAAGAAUGAAAUUUUGUUUCAAAAUCUUCGAUAUGGACAGGGACUGCUAUUUAAACCCCGACGAACUAAGACAUAUGAUUCAAACGUUAUUACUUAUAGCCAACGAAAAUAACCGAAGAUUUAGUGAUAGAAGUGAUGGCGACGAUCACUCAAAAAUUUUAGACUCUUUGACGAAUAGGUUAGACGACAGAGGCGGAUUAAGUCAGGAGGAGUUUCUGGUGUGGGGAGUCGAAGAGAAUGGUUUGGUCGAGCCGAUGUUGGAGUUGUUGUUUCAAGUUUGUCAUGUUUCGUUUGUCCUGAGGCCUCAUUGUAGACACCAUGAACACGAUAUAGUAACCGGAUGGCUCCAACGCGAAGAACGUCGCGGCUACCACAUUGGCCAAUUCUGGUACUUAAUCUCUUCAGAUUGGUGGCAAAACUGGCUAAACUACGCAACGGCCCCCCGAAACAACCUCGACCACUGCCAGUGCCGUACCAACGACCCCCGUCUGGUCGAAGAAGGCAUAGUAUGCGACGAAAGUCUUAUCAGCACCGGUACGGACUCGAACGACUUCAACUCCAACAGCAUGGAAUCCAUGGGAGACCUCCUGAGCAAAGGAGACAACUGCAGCAUAGCCUCGAGUUCCGGAGUCUCGAGCAGCUCGGGAACCACCGGCUCGAAGAGGUCUCAAGGCAUGCCCGGACCCAUCGACAACACGAAUCUGGUAGCCGAACCUCUGCACAAAGUCCGAACUCUGACUGGUGAAGGCGGCAGAUUGAAGAGAGAUACACCAUUAGUACAACACAGAGACUUCGAAUUAGUCCCGGAUUCUCUGUGGAAGGCCCUUGCACACUGGUACGGAGGCCCGCUGCCUUUACCCAGACAGGUCAUCCUACCGCCUGGCAGUGGCGAGGUGGAACUUGAGUUGUACCCUUUGAAUUUGAGCAUCUGGAUGCACGCAUCUCAGGCUGUGGGAACGGCGGCGACAUGGAGCAGCGUGGUAGGAGGCUACGGCGCUGCUGCUUUGAACACAGCAGGUAUAACAACGGCACCGAUAACAUCGCCGAGGAGAUAUUUGGCCCAUACCGCCGCCUUCAGCAGACUGGCGAACAUACGACAAGUGAUAGAAUUCCUGUGUUCGAGGCUUUCGCUGAGAAUAGAGGAUGUGCGAUUGUGGCAUAUUAAGGACGCGACGAGUCUGUUGGAGGACGAGAAUGCGACACUGCAAGAUCUGGGAGUGGUGGAUGGGGAUAAGAUUCUGCUCGAGGUGCGAAAUAAGGACCUGACGUGGCCGGAGGAGUUGGGGGCGUUGGUAGCAGGAGGACAAGUACUCAGUGCGGAACGUCGGCCCACGAUAAGCCUCCCACCCGGCGCCACCGGUCUCCACAACCUAGGAAACACCUGCUUCAUGAACGCGGCCCUGCAAGCCGUAAGCAAUACGCGACCCCUCACCCUCUACUUCCAGCGAGACGGUCAACUCUGCGAACUGAACAGCAUCAACCCCCUGGGCACAAAAGGCAUGGUGGCGAGGCGAUACGCCGAACUGUGCAGGGAGUUGUGGGCAGGGUCGACCAGGAGCGUGGCGCCCCUCAAACUAAGGUACUGCGUGACGAAACACGCACCCCAUCUGGGGGGAGGGGGGCAACACGACUCACAGGAGCUUCUGGCUUGGCUGUUGGACGCCCUGCACGAGGACUUGAACCGAGUCGCUCGAAAGCAAUACACCGAACUGAAAGACUCGGGAGGACGGCCGGACGAGGUGGUCGCGGACGAAGCGUGGCUGCAGCAUUUGGCCCGCGAUCAUUCGAUCAUUACGGAUCUGUUUUAUGGUCAACUGAAGAGCAAAGUUACGUGUCAGACGUGUGGGCACGAGUCCGUUAGGUUUGAUCCGUUCAACUUGCUGAGUUUGCCGCUGCCGAUGGAGAGCUAUACGUUGUGUGAGGUUUUGGUUGUUAGGUUGAACGGCGAAACUCCAAUAAAAUACGGCCUUCGUUUGAACUCAGAGGCAAAAUAUAUCGAGCUGAAGGAACAACUGAGUCGUUUGUGCAAUAUAAAGACCGACCGAUUGCUGCUAGCUGAACUCGCCUAUUCCCAGAUGAGGCAAAUCCUCUCAGACGAGGCCCGGGUUAACCCGGGUACGGCGACUGAACUCCACGCGUACGAAUUGCCAGAUAACAGUCCGAAAGGGGCAGAAAGUGAGGAUUUUAGUAACGAUAUGGAUGUGGAGAUCGCCGUUUCCGAUAGUCCCUUGGCCCGCAGUCCUGAGGUAAGAGGUGGUUCGGCCCUUUGCAUGCCCAACAUUCUAUGCUUUAAGAACAAACAAAAGCCAGACAGACAACUUAUAAACGGAGUGAUACUAAAAAAGGCGUCCAUCUCUACGCAUUCCUCGACUGACAGCUCCUCUUCUAACAAAUUCCCUACCUAUUUAGUAGCCGUACACCGAAAAUCCGUUCGACAAGAAACCUACUUCCUCUCGCAACAGAAAAGUAAACCGAGUCUGUUCGGUUCACCGUUACUGCUAGGCUGUCACCCAUCUAGCACCUGCCAGGGUUUAUACGAAGCUGUGUGGAGUCAAGUCACUAGAUUGCUCAGUCCUCUGCCGCAAAGCGAUCAGACCAAUCACGCAAUGGAUUGUGAUGAUUCCCUGGGUUACGAGUUUCCGUUCACGCUGAAAGCUGUACUGCAAGGAGGGCAGAUCUGUGCGAUAUGUCACUGGACGCAGUUUUGUAGGGGUUGCACGCUUCCUUGUAGCGACGAGUUGUUAGUGGAGCGGUGUAAGAAUAAUCUAACCGGGAUGUGUAUAGCGAUAGAUUGGGAUCCGACGGCGUUGCAUCUGAGGUAUCAGAGUGGCAGGGAGAAGUUGUGGAUCGAGGACGAGACUGUUGGAAAAUGUAGGAAAUUGCAUACGGAGCCGAUUGAUUUGGAUUACUGUCUGAAGGCGUUUACGUCGGAGGAAAGGUUGGAAACGAAGUAUCAUUGUUCAAAUUGUCAAGAUAAGCAGCCGGCGACGAAGAAGUUGCAAAUCUGGCGGCUGCCGCCUAUUUUGAUCAUCCAUCUGAAACGCUUCGACUACGUGAGCAGCAAAUGGGUAAAAACGCAAAAAGUCGUCAAUUUCCCGUUCAAAGACUUCGAUCCGACGGCAUACCUCGCUUCCGUACCACAAGAAACAAUACUCAGACACCUACAGCUGCGCGAGAAACAACGUCAAGAUCUGGAAAGUUCGUGUGAUAGCGUAAAGACGAUAGAAGAAAACGGCGAAAUGCACGGACAUUCGAGUGAGCAUUCGAAACUGCUCACCGAAAGACAAAAAGAGAAAGGACAACUGAACAAAGUUAGGGCCAGGCUGGAAUCGACGAGCUUACUGAAGACGCCAAUCAUCGACGAACAUUUGAAAGAUUACCACCAGCACAAGCUACUGCCAGGACAGGACCCGUUCGAUCUGAAGUACCAGCUCUAUGCGGUGGUGAGCCAUUCGGGCAUGCUCAACGGUGGUCACUACAUAUCUUACGCUUGCAAUCCGAACGGCAACUGGUACUGCUACAAUGACAGUUCAUGCCGAGAAGUACUGACAGAUGGCGGCGAAAGCACAUCAAAAACGAAAAAAAGCAAUACUCCAUUACGUAAGCGCAAAGUGAUGAAGAGCGGCGACGAAUCGAGUUUAUUCGACGAAGAGGAUGAGGAGGAAGAUAAUAAGUCGAGCACGGACAGCUACAAAUGCCCCUACAGCGACGUAAAAGCUCCGAAAAUCGACACGAGUUCGGCGUAUAUUCUUUUUUACGAAAGGUCAGGCCUCGAUUACAAACCUUAUCUUCCUGAAGUCGUUUCGAACGGUCAAAUUGUGCCUGAAGUUGAACUAGACGAAAAUGAAUCUGAGUUACGUAAGCAGUUGUGUUCCAUUCAGUAAUUUAGUUAACUUAAAUUGUUUUUGUUAAUUUUUUUAAGAGUUGCGAGAAUAUAUUUUUGUAAAUGUGUGCCACUUUUUUAAUUCGGCGGAUUUCGUGUCCCUGUUUUUAUAUAGUAUUUCGUUGAUUGUUAAUCGGUUUAAGAGAAAGAUCUAUUAUUUAUGAAAGUGUAUUAUUAGAUGUUGAAAUGUGAUCUUGAAGCCUACAUUAUAAAACACGUUUUUUUUUUGUUAUAGGGGGUAGGUACAAAUCGGGAUGUAUUUAAUACACCAUCAGUUUGAAUUUUAUUUGAAUUGUAUCGAAUCCUGGUUUGAAGCAACCAAAGAUGUAGACAGAUUUCGUUCAAAAGUUGGCUGUUAUACAGCGCUUUCUGGGGGUUAUUUAUUUUACUAGUCUGAUAUUCUUAUCUUAUUCCACUAAGUUUGUAAGAUAUUUAUAAGUGUUGCUUUUUUUGACACGGUUAAAAUAUAUUUCCAUUAGAUAUAAUAUUAAUGGUGCCAUUACACAAUAAAAUAAAGCUUGUAUAUUGUUUA